AUGAGUUUAGAGAUUCUCGAUUAUCUCAAGCAAGAGAAUUAAUAAUUGUAAGAGCAGGUUCGUGAGCUCUAAGGAUUACUUUAAUUGAAUAAGUAAGCUUUGAAGGUAUUGAUGCCUCAAACAAGUGAUGAAUAGCAUAAAGGACUAUUAACAGUAUUAAAGAAUUUGUAGGAGGAAAAUGAAACAUUAUAAUUGAAAAUAGAGAAAUUAGUUAAAGAGCGUAAUGAAGCUUAAUGUGAUUAAUUAAUAAAUUAAUAAAUAACAGAGGAGGUUUAGAGAUAAGAGAAGGAAUUAAUAGCAUCUUUACAAUAAAAAAUGUCAGGUUUAUAAGAAAAUUUAAUGUUUGCUGAAAGUAAAUUGGCAAAGAUGGAGGAGUUAAAACCAGAAUAUGAUGAAGUAGCUGGAGUGGUAAUAAAAUUUAGAGAAGUAUGUGAUCCUGAUUUAAUUGGGUUAAAAAUGCAUAAUGAAAUUCAAAUGUUAAAUGAAUAAUUAUUAAAUGAACAAAAAUAAAAAUAGAAAUUAAUCAAAGAGAAAUAGAGUAUAUAAGGAUUAAAUUUAGUAAUUUUGAUAAUGUUAUUUUAUUAGAGAUUAAUGAAUGAAUUAUUGUAAUAAAAAAGUUUGGCUCAUGCUGGAAAUAAAAUGAUUUUCAUGAAUUAAGAUCCAGAACAAUUAGUUGAUUUUUAGGCAAGAGCCCUUAAAUUAAUGAAUAAUUCUUCUUCUAAUGAUUCACCCUCUUCAAAAUCAUCAGAGGCACCUAUAGAUGGAAAUUAUUCACCUAAGAUAUAAUAAUUUUAAAUGAAUUCAACAAAGGGAACAGUUAUUCCUAAACUUGACUUAACAAGAGCUAAAUAAAUAUAAGAGAUAAAUGCUAAAAGAUAAAUACAAUAGACUUAAAAGCCAUUGAAUGAUAUCUAGAGUAUGGAAAGGAUAUAAAAACUGGAAAAAGCUUUGGAUGAAUUGAGAAGGAAUCAUUAAAGAGAGAUGAUAUUAAAUAAAACAUUAUAAGCUCAUAAUGAUGAAUUGUAAAGAUAUUGUAAUGAAAUGGAAGUAAUUUAAUAUAAUAAAUUAAGCAUAGAAUAAGAAUACUUACUAAUUCUAAUAUUCGUUAUUAAGAAAAAGCAAAAAAGAUGAAUGCAAAUUAUAAAUUUUUGCAUCAAUUUUAUUUAAAUCAUAAAGAUUUAUUACCAACAACAUCUUUAAGUAGUAGUCAUUAAAGAUAAACAUCUGCAAAUUAAAUUGAAGAUGAAUAAUCUUAAUCUAAAUAAUUUGAUAUUGAUGAAAUGGAAAGUCCAAUUUAAAAAUAGAAUAAUGAACCUUUAAUAUAAUAAUAAUAAUUAGCUUCAACUGUUUAUUAUUUUAUACCAAAUAAUAAAGAUGAAUCUAUUAAAUAUUUAUUGUAAACAGCAUAAUAGAUAUAUUCAACAAUUUAUGAAAGAGUAGAUCGUGUGAUACAAGAAGAACCAUAAUGUAAACACAGAUUCAGAUCAUUUAGCGAGAUCAUAAUAAAUUGA